CUUUUCUUCUUCUUCCUCUUCCUCUUCCUACUACCUAUUACCUCUUCCUUUUUCGAUUCCCCCCCCGUUUAUUUCUACCCUUCUGUAGAACACCCCACCAUCAUGGCUGCCAACCCCGUCCAAAAUGGUCUCUUCGUCCACGAGAACACUACUCCCCCUGAGCACCCUAGCUUGUUGAGUAUGUUCUCUCUGAAGGGCAAGACCGCCAUCGUUACCGGUGCUGGCGCCGGUAUCGGUCUAGCUGUCGCCAACGGUCUUGCGGAAGCUGGUGCCAACGUUGCCCUGUGGUGGAACACCAACGAUAAGUGCCCUGAACGUGCCGCGGAGAUCGCCUCCAAAUACGGCGUUCAGACCAAGGCUUACCAGGUCAACAUCACCGACGCCGAGGCCGUGCAGAAGGCCGUUGACCAGACCGUGAAGGACUUCAACGGCCGUCUAGACGUCUUCAUUGCCAACGCCGGUAUUCCCUGGACACAGGGUCCUAUGGUUGACGGCCCUCUUUCGCACUACACCGACGUUGUCAGCAUUGACCUCGACGGCACCUUCUACUGUGCCAAGGCUGCUGCCGCCCACUGGAGGAGACAGAAGGAGGAGGGAACCGACCUCAACGGCAACAAGUUGACCAACUUCACCUAUGGUAGCUUCGUGGCUACCGCUUCCAUGAGCGGUCACAUUGUCAACUUCCCUCAGAUGCAAGCUGCCUACAACGCUGCCAAGUCAGCUGUCAUCCAUCUCUGCAAAUCUCUUUCGGUCGAGUGGGUUAAGUACGCCCGUGCCAACACCGUCUCCCCCGGCUACAUCGCGACCGAAAUCUCCAACUUCGUGCCCCAGGAGACCAAGAACAUCUGGAAGGACAAGAUCCCCAUGGGCCGUGAGGGCCGCCCUGAGGAAUUGAAGGGUGCCUACCUCUAUCUGGCCUCAGAUGCCUCAAGCUACACCACCGGAGCUGACCUGGUUGUCGACGGUGGCUACUGCGCUCCAUAAAUGAUAUCCCUUCUUAAUUUAUUAUCUCUAGCGAGUCUCUUACAUAUUGGGUCUACUAUACAUAACGGCUUCAAACGAUAAACAAUAGACGAAUGAACGAUCUUUGGAUGUCCAAAAUUUGUUGUGUAAAGCUCAGAAAAGUAAAUUCAAAAUUUGAAACCCUGGUGGCGUUUUCGUUAGGGUUCCUGCACCACGAUCAGGCCUUAAAAUCACUGCCGUGGACGGUGACACGAAGCCUUGCAGAUGUGGCUUGCGGCAUCUCAUCUCUUGGCCCAAGAACACUGGCGCGUGACUCUAGCAAAAAUGUCCGCCACUUACCAGGUUCGGGCGUAGUGCAGGCAUCUUGCCUUUCUAUCUGUCUUAUCAGCCGUAAUCCAAACCCUACCUCGUUCACGGGCAACCCCUCUUUCAUUCGUACGCCAUCUCUCGGGACAAAAAUGUCAUAUUGCAGAUAUAGUGCCUCUGCC